AUGGACACGCUCACCACUGCCGACCCUCUCCCAGAAUUUCCUCAAUCGCCAGACUCGCCCGAUGCCACGGCUCUGCUCCCACUGUCGCAUGCCUUCUUCGCGCUGCAGCACCUGACGCUUCCAAACGGCAUCGACCCACCUUCUGAGUCCGUCCUUUACCUGUUCCUUCUCGAUUGCUCUUCGUUUGGCGACCAGACCUGGCGCAACAUGCACGACGGCUAG